AUGCAACGUCUACUAUAUCUUCGCAAUGGAACAUCCCGAUUACAUCGAGUUGUUGAUUUGUGUUAUUCAAAUAAUAAUCCUUCAACUGUUUCAAAUAUAAAUAUUUUAUUAUUAAAACGAUGUUUAUCAAAUACUAAUAAAGAUGGGAAGGAUAUUAAUUUUAAUACAGAACUUUUUAAACCAUCAACAGCUAAGGAAAAAACACAUGUACCUGAUGACCUUGUAGGUGGACAACCAAGAGAAACAAUUGAUUCAGCAUCGAAAGGUACAGCAACAUUAACUGGUGGUGGAAAAGUUUGGUCUGUUCAAAAUUCAGGUUCAGUACAUGUUGCUCCAUUAGGUGCUGCUACAACGACAUUUGUUCCAACAUCAACUGAAGGUGGUAAAACAAUUCAUGAAACAACAGUUCAUAAAAAACAAGGUGAAUUAAAUAUUGCUGAUCCACUUCGAACACAUGUUUUACAACCUGAAUCAACAUCAGCUGAAUUAGCUGAAGCUGCUGCUGCUUCAGCUUUUGAACCAUUUGCACCAAAUGCACCGUUAACAACACCAUCAACAACAGAUACUGUAUUUGCACCAAAAAUUUCUUCAACAGAUGUUCAUUCAAGUACAUCAUCACCAACAGCACAAUUUGAAAGUAGUAUUCCACCAAUAAAUCCAGAUCAAACAGUAUAUGAAACUACAAAGAAAUCGAAAGUAUUUGGUGGUCAAGAUACAUCAGCAUCAUCAAAAACACACCCAAAAGAAGAUCCAUUUGCUACGAAAAAAAAUGAUAAAACAAGUACUACCAAUGAAAUUCCUAUUCAACGUGAAAGUGAUUUACGUGAUGAUGUAUUACGUGAAUCAUUGAAAUAUGUUAAUGAACAUGGUUGGACAAUAGAGGCUAUUCGAGCUGGUAUACGUGCUAGUAAUCAAUCAACAACAAUUGAAGGAAUGUUUAGUAAUGGUUAUGAUCUUAUUGAUUAUUUCAUGCGUGAUGCAAAUUCUAAAAUGUCAGCUUAUAUGAAUGAACAAAAACAGAAAGGAGAUAUGAAAGGAAGUCGUUUACUUGUUGAAGGUCUUAAAUAUCGACUUGGCCUUGUUGUACCUUAUGCUAAUACAUGGAAUCAGGCAUUAGCACAAGGAGCAUUACCUCAAAAUGCAAUGCGUAGUUGGAAAAAUUUAUUAGAUUUAUCAAGUGAAGCUUGGCAUGGUAUUGGUGAUACAUCAACAGAUAUGAAUUGGUAUUCAAAACGACUUUUACUUGCUGCAGUUUAUAAAAGUGCAGAAAUUUAUAUGCUUCAAGAUCAAUCACAAAAUAAAACUGAUUCAAUGAACUUUUUAGAAAGACGUUUAAAUGAUUUUCAAACUCUUGGUUCACUUCAAAAUUCGGUAUCAAACUCUCUAUCGGAUACAGCCCAAAUAGUCAAUGGACUUUUUUCAGUGAUUCGUAACUUAACUUCUCGUCGUUAA